AUCCUGUGUGACCGGAUGGGUGGAGCCUCUCUCUGGCGCCCGAGGAAACAAUACCCAGACAGAGAGCGUCCAAUCAGAGGCCGCUCCGCCGUGACUGACGCUGACCGCGGCCACUGAGCGCCGCCAGCGGUUAUAAGGGCGGGUCAUACGGCCAGGCGGGCGAGCUUUACACAAGAUGGCGGCGGUGUCCUCGGCCGCAGCGCUGCGUGGGGCGGAUUAUGAGAACGGGCUGCGGAGUGGGGCCGGAUCGGGCGCUGGGGGGCCGGAGCCGGGGGAGGACGAUCCCAUGGGCCGUCCCAUCGAUCUGGACCUGGAGUUACUGAGUCCCGGCCGGAGGAACCGGCGGACCGCGGGCAGGGGAGCCUCGGCCAGGAGAUCGGGCGGGCGCGGGGCUGGGGCGGCCGGCCUGGAGGAGCUUGAGGAAGAGGAGCUCGAGGAAGAGGAGCCCGGGGAGCUGAGCGGAGACCAGACCAUCGAGGACCCGGAACUUGAGGCCAUCAAGGCUCGUGUUCGUGAAAUGGAGGAAGAGGCAGAAAAAUUAAAGGAAUUGCAGAAUGAAGUUGAGAAACAAAUGAAUAUGAGCCCACCACCUGGCAAUGCCGGGCCAGUCAUCAUGUCUGUAGAAGAAAAAAUGGAGGCCGAUGCCCGUUCCAUAUAUGUAGGAAAUGUUGACUAUGGUGCGACUGCUGAAGAGUUAGAGGCUCAUUUCCAUGGAUGUGGCUCUGUGAACAGGGUGACCAUUCUGUGUGACAAGUAUACUGGUCAUCCAAAAGGGUUUGCUUACAUAGAAUUCUCAGAUAAAGAAUCGGUCAGGACGUCAAUGGCAUUGGAUGAAUCACUGUUCAGAGGGAGACAAAUAAAGGUAGUUCCCAAGCGGACUAACAGACCAGGUAUCAGUUCAACAGACAGAGGCUAUCUACGGGCGAGAUAUAGAGCCAGGGCAUCCUCCUACAGCUCGCGUUCCCGCUUCUACAGUGGCUUCACUGCCAGACCCAGAGGACGCGUGUACAGGGGUCGGGCUCGAGUGACGUCAUGGUAUACUCCUUACUAAAAAUAAAACAUUAGGAAGACCUGAAAAGGCAAAAACACAAAAAAAUGAAAAAAAGAAGACUGGAAAGAAUUUUAAGAGUUUAAGAUGUGGGUCCCCUAUUUCUCUUGUGCUCCCACUACCCUUGUGUACUCCAUGCACUGCAUAUAAAGGGUUGUGAUAGGGCAGAUUUAUAAUGCCAAGUGUGUGGAAGAGAUGGGGUUGUUCCAGUUUCCAGUGUGUGGAGAUGUAUGAAUUGUCCCUGACUUCUUCUGGUUUGGUACUUCUAGGUGGGAAUUCCAGGAUUUAUAUAAUUGAAUGUGUAAUGGGUGGUUAAAAGCCAGCAUUAUCUCAGCUCUGUAUAUGGGGGUGGGUGAUGUCUGCUAAACAUCCUGCUGUUUCUUUUUUUUCUUUGUUUUUUUUUUUUUCUUUUUGCGUGUUUUUAUCUUUGCAGGUUUCUUUCUAUGGGAGAAGCUUGUUUUCCGGAGAGAUUCGGCUGCCCCCCACAACAGCCUUUACUUUACUUUUAUUCUGGCUCAGAUUACCGCAUUCUUUUGGAAGACCAGAGCUGGGAGAAAUUUCUUGUUUUAGACAUUUGUUUUUAGUUUGUUUUGUCGUUUUUUUGUUUUUUGUUUUUUUCUUUUUGUUUUUAUUUUAUUUUUUUGUUCAGUCAGAAGGACUUAUUUUAUUUUUUUUAUAUAUAGUGUAUGGCAGGAAGGUUAAUGAGAAAAAUAAAAAAAAGUUUU